GGCGCCAAGAUGCUCGACGGGAUUAAAAUGGAGGAGCACCCGCUGCGCUCCGGAGCCGCCACCCUCGGCCUCCUCCUCGGGUCGGAGUGCCAGCACCCGGCGGUGUGCGAGGGCUGCCAGCGCCCGAUCUCGGACCGGUUCCUGAUGCGCGUUAACGAGUCCUCUUGGCACGAGGAGUGUCUGCACUGCGCCGUCUGCCAACAGGCCCUCACCACCAGCUGCUACUUUCGGGAUCGCAAGCUCUACUGCAAGCAAGACUACCAACAGCUUUUUGCUGCCAAGUGCAGCGGAUGCAUGGAGAAGAUUGCGCCGACAGAAUUUGUGAUGCGCGCCCUGGAAUGCGUGUACCACCUCAGCUGCUUCUGCUGCUGCGUCUGUGAGCGACAACUGAGGAAAGGGGACGAGUUUGUGCUGAAGGAAGGGCAGCUGCUCUGCAAGAGCGACUACGAGAAGGAGAAGGAUUUGCUCAGUUCCGUCAGUCCCGAUGACUCCGAUUCAGUGAAAAGUGACGAUGAAGAUGGGGAUGUCAAACCAACCAAAGGUCAAGCAAACCCAGGGAAGGGUGGCGACGAUGGGAAGGAUCCAAGGAGACCUAAGCGGCCACGGACGAUACUCACAACACAACAGAGGAGAGCUUUCAAAGCUUCUUUUGAAGUAUCUUCCAAGCCUUGUCGAAAGGUAAGGGAGACGCUAGCAGCUGAAACUGGUCUCAGUGUUCGUGUUGUCCAAGUGUGGUUUCAGAAUCAAAGAGCAAAGAUGAAGAAAUUGGCCCGGCGGCAUCAGCAGCAGCAGGAGCAGCAGAAUUCACAGCGGCUAGGUCAAGAAGUAAUGUCCAACCGGAUGGAAGGGAUGAUGACGUCGUACACGCCACUCGCUCCACCACAGCAACAGAUUGUAGCGAUGGACCAGAGCAGCUAUGCCACAGACCCCUUCCAGCAAGGUCUCACCCCACCACAAAUGCCAGGUGACCACAUGAACCCCUAUGGGAACGACUCCAUUUUCCACGACAUCGACAGCGAUACCUCUUUAACUAGCUUGAGCGACUGUUUCCUGGCCUCCUCGGAAGUAAACUCCAUGCAGGCUAGGGUAGGCAACCCUAUUGACAGGCUGUACUCUAUGCAGAGUUCGUAUUUUGCUUCAUGAAAUUCAAGGAAAGCAACAAAAAUAAGCAAAAAAAGGAGGGGACUCUGAAAAGGACACUGACCGUCUUGAGUAACUCUCCCCAGAACCUUGUUCCUCAGCCAAGACUCUUACAGCCAUAUUUUCUUCUGCUCUUCCUUCGCACUGACUUUGGGCACUGUGAUGACAGGGGCAUGAAACUAAGGGAGACUCUAGUAAACACACACACAUACACACGCACAACUGCACACACACACACACACACAUACACCUUGUUGGAAAGUACAGAAUGGCACCCCUAACCCUCAAAAACAACACUGCCACCUUUGGGCCAAGGAGCGAAGCCACGAUCGAAAGGAGCGGCCACCAUCACCUCUUCAAGAAUCCUCUUUUUGUUGUCUUCUUGGCCACCAUCACAAAGGAAGGGAGAGUUUUCGGAGAGCUUUGCCUUUGAGAUCGCUUUCCAGCUAAUGGAGCUUCCAACGGCCACCAUUUUGGGUUCCGCCAAUAUUACGAAACGAACCGGAGAGACUGGAGCGCACCCUCCUUGCUCUUUCUCACUGAGUGUUUCACCUUCAGUUGCGAACCAAUGGGCCCUCAGAACUGCAAAACGUUUUGAUAUAGCUGCGGUUUCCAAGCCAGCAUCCCGUACUUUGUCCCAUCCGUUUCCCCCUCAAAAUCCGGGACCUUGCCCAUUGGUUUCAAUCCCUUGUACUGUAUGAAACAUGGUGAGGGAGGGGAGGGAUGACCACCUGGGAAGCAAGAAGACUUUUGGAGAGAGAGAAAGAGAGGGGGAAAACUCAGUCAUGUUAUCAUUCUAAUUAUUAUUCUAUUUAAUUAAAGAAAAGAAAGACACGGAAAGGUGCAUGAGCAGGGAGGAUGAAUUUAGAUGAAUAGUAACCAUACAAGCCAUUGGAAAUGAGCAAAGGAAAGGAAAUAGUUCUGAGCGACACAGUUUUCACUUCAUUUUUCAUCCCAGUGUGAACAUAAAAUUGUAACUUUUUUUAAAAUCCACUAAUCCCUUGCCAAAUUUCAUAUUUCCCCCUCUCCUUCCCCUCCUUUGAUUGGCAGUCAUCUGUUGACCAUUCCCUUCUGUUUAUAUGUCUUGGUUAGAAAUAGACUUCACACCGGGAUGAAUGAAUCAGGAAUGUCUUUCAUUCCUGUUUCUUUCCUUCACUCGGGGAAAAAAUCCCCCUCGCCCUUUGAGGCUUUUCUGAAAUGUCUAUCAAGUAAUUGCAAAAUUGCAACUUAUGGGAUCUCUUGGCUUCCCACCCGCACAGCCCUACUUCUUAACCUGAUGAAAUCCCAUACCAAACUGGUUCAGCUACUCCAGAGUUGUACAGAUGGUUGUUAAUUGAAAUGAGGGUCAUGGGGUUUACUUCCCAAAUCUAUGCAGGUUUACUGGGAAGCCAGUCCCAUUGAGUUCAGUGCGGCUUCCUUUCCAGAAAGGAUCCUAGGAGUACAUGUUUUAUAUGAUGGAUUGGUUUCCUCCAGAUGUUUCAGUCUCCACAAUAGCAUGGCCAGUGGUCAAGGAUGACUUGAAUUAUAGGCCAUCACUUCCAUCAGAAGUAGUCAUGUCCUCCACCUUGGAUGGCUAUACUAAGGGACUGGAUAAAUCCAUGGAAAACAAUGGGCACUUGGAUGCUUAGUAGGAAUAAUGGCUGAAAAUUGUGCAAGUACUGAAAGUAAUAUUUCUCUCAGAAUCAACUGGAGGGCGACACAAGUGAGAAGAUGCUAAUGGACUGGUGUCCUGCUGCUGGGCUUGCAUCGGUGUCUGGUGGGGCACUGUAGGAUGAGAAUGCUGGAGUAGAUAAGGUGUUGGUCUACUCCAGCAUGGCUCUUCUACUGUUCUUCAGACAUAUAGCCCAAGUUGGAGAAGGCAUUGUGAGAUUAAUUUAUUAAAACCUGUUGGGCAGAGCAAAAACAAAGGCCAAUAUUUUAGAGCAACUACUCAGUAUACUUAACUAAGCAACAUCUCAUGGCCCCAACCCUCUACUUAGUCCUGGGCGGCAACCAUUGCAAGUGAUGGGAGUCUGCUCUCCUGUCAUGCGCAGCAGACCAACAUUUCUACUCCUUUCCCAUGAGUGAUCCACAUGAGCAUGACGCUCUUGUAAGGCCAUCAGGUUUGGCCUAUGCGUUGCAGUCCUUUCCUCAAUCCCAUGUGCCUGCUUCUCCUCCUCCUCCUCCAUUCAUGAGCCUACCAUUCCUCAUUAAAUCCAUGGUGUCAAUGAAAGCAAAGGGAGGGUUCCUUAGCCAAACCUUUCUUCUCAAGGUAUUAACAGAAGCUAAUAAGAACCAAGCAUGGGUUCUAUCACAGACAGAUAUUCAGAGAGAGUUGUUGGAGAGAACUAGAGGUGUUCCUGGUUUCUUUCACCGCCUGAGGGUUAGGCUAAACUUAAAGGGACGUGAGUUGUCCAAGGUUCUCAAUCCUAUCCCCCAAAUAGAUUCAGGACCUUUGAUAGUGCCUUUAAGGUUAAUCACACCCCUGGCAUGAAGGUACCACCUGCCACUGGUUAAAAAUGACUUCUCCUGAUACAGGAGUAAGAAGCCUGUGAUCCUCCAGGAUAGGGAAUGGGGGGGGGGGGAUAUGUUGGGUUCAUCAGUUGUAUACAGUGUCACUCAAACAGCUUCUGGACGUCUGAAAUCUGGACAUUUAUACCCUUGUGACCCAACCCACACAACCCAAGGAAUUCAUUUAAUCCAUGUGAGCAUUUGAAAACUCCACAUGAAAGAAUUCAAGAAUUCAUAAUUUCCAAUGGUUUCUCCCUUCUGGGUGAUAUUGCAAGAGUUUUUGUCCAUUUUCCUGUGAGUUUUGGGUUGUUGGUUUUUUGCAUCUUCAGGACAUGAAAAAAUCAUUCACGCAAAAGUCUUUCUGGGUGGGUGCUGUUUUCCCCAAAAACGGCUGCACAAAAACUGUGCAUUUGGCACAAAAUCGCAAUCACAAUCCAUUGAACACCAAAAAGUUGUUUUGCCCAUUUUUUAAAAAAAUGCACAAAUGUCGCAAAAAGUCCUGAAACAGCAAAGCAAAGAAAAUGUGGAUAACCUGACCAGAGCUGUGGUCUUCAACAUCUGGAAAACUAGAGGUCCCCCUGCUAUUCCAGACAGCCGUGGUCCUCAAUCUUUGGUCCUCCAGAUAAUUUGGACUUCACCUCUCAGAAUUCGGAGAACCAAAGUUGGAGAACCAUAGCUAUAAAGCUCUGUUGAACUUCAGGUUGGCUGUAGUUUCCUUGUGAAUAUGAAGCUGGUUGAGUUGGCCCUUUCUCGACGCUUGCGCUGCCUUGGCAGAGAUAAAUGUCACUCUUAUUUGUGGUGUGGAUUAUCCUCUGGGAGCAUGAUCAUUGUGCAGGUUUAACCUGAGACCUUCCAGGUCAAAGGUUCUAAAGCAAACCCUUGACCUUCUCUUGAUUUAGGAUUUAUUCUUGUAUUGUCAAAGGAGGAGCCAACUGACAAGCGAAGGAAGCAAGCAGGCAGCAAUAUCUGACAAUAACCCAGUACGAUAUCUUGUUUUUAAUAAUAAUAAUAAUCUGGAAUUGUCAGUGGAAACCAAAAGUGAACCCUAUAUGGGAUGGUGAAGGCUAUGACAACAGUUUAUUAGUCAUUCCUUGUGACUACCAUUCCCAAAAGUAAAGGAGCCCUUUUUUUGGCUCAAAUAAGCCAGGUUGGUGUCUUGUAGCCUUUCAAUCAUGCUUCUGCAGCGGAGGAAAAGAAGAGGCCAUAAACUGAAAGCAGCGGUUAGACGCAAGUAAUUUGGAAAAAGUAUGAUUGAUGGGGUUUUAAUAGCUGCCCUAUGCGGCUGUCAAGCGAGAGGCGAGAGAGAGAUUGUCCCAGGCUAUAGUUUGAAAACAAAUUGGAGACAUUUUUCUCCACUGUCUUGUCAAAUUGGAUGCAAAUCUUGCCAGACUGGAAGGGGGUAUUCUGCUUCCUACAGAUGGGGGGGAAAUGAGCAUAUCAUGUUUCAUUUGCUUCCCACCAUUCAUGGAUAGCUUUCUGAUGAUGCUAGAUUUCUACACCAGAAUCAUAAGUACAUCCUCCAAAGGAAACUCAGGGACCAGCCUUCCACCAAACAGGACCAAGCUCGACUUUUCCAAAUCCCAGUUCCCAGAAUCCUUUGGGGAAAGCCAGCAUAGAACUGUUACAGGUUUGUAUAUCGACCAGUAUAGAACUGUUACGGGUUAGGUAUACUCUAAACAUGAUCUUCCGUUAAACAAAACUCAACCUCAUUUUUACCCAGCCCUAUCCCAGAGACACUCAAAUUCCUGAGAGCCCUGUCUCUCUCACACAGGACCAUGUUUCUUUUUACAUUGUUCCUAUAAGGAGAAUUGGCUUCUUGAUGAUGUAGUAUUUCCAGUUGAGACUCAUCAUCAGUAUCACAAUAUGGAGUUCCUAUUGAUUAGCAGAAGGUGGUCUGAGACAACUAUAAGCUAUUCCUCCUGAGGCUAUCUAACCAUUUCCCUCUCUUGGAGCUUUUCCCUGGAGUAGCCUGCUGUUCCUCAGGUGCAAUGGAGGACUACAUCUCUCCAUCCAUAUUUAAGUGAGGUCCAAGUGCAAGUAUGUCUAUAGCAUGGAGGGAUUGCUAUCUUGUCCUUCAUUUCAGUAGCCGACAUAAUCUGGGACAGCCCUGGUCAAGGGAUCAAAAACAGAGGUUGCAUCUUUGCAACCCUUCAUCAAGGAUUCCUGAAGGAAGACGAGGUGGAGACCUGGGAAAAGAAACAUCCCCAAACCCUAAAAUAACCUUCCAAAAGACAUCCUUUUGACCUUGUUUCUUGCACCGGUCUUCAUCACCAUUUGUCUCUUCCUUUCCAGUGGGUUAAAUAUCUUAUUGAUACUGCCUCCCAAACUGUAAACAAAUUUGCUGGUCUCUGGAUUUUGGGAAGGUUCGGUUUCUGUAAUCCUUGACCAUUGACCAUACCAGCUGGGAUUAGUGGGAGUUGAAGUGCGAGGCCUCAAUCCUUAUUGGGUAGUUGCAACUAGAGUAAAUUGUUGAAUGGUGAACACAUAGGGGGGAAAACACUGAUUCAGAGGGUCUACAUGGUUAAUAUGGGCAAUAAGGCUUAGGCACAAAGUAACUGGGCUCAGAUCCAAUUGUUAGUCUCAACUGGUACAGACUGACUAAAUCAACAUCUGUUUGGUUUUCAUGAUACAUAAAAGCUUGCCAAAAUGCCCAGUCCAUAUUGGAACACUCUUGCCGGUGUCCAGAUGCACAUCUUCACAAUACACUAACCAGGUUUUGUUAUGUUUCCGCAACAUAAUCACAGACGCCUAAAGUUAUAAAAGGUAUACUGUGAUUUAGAAUCUCAGCCAUUCUUCAUAGCAAUUCCUUUCCAAACAGGAGAGUGGGUUUCCUGACACUUGGAAAACCCCUGCCAAGAAUAAAUUAGCAACAAAGGUAUCUUCCCACUUUGCAAAGUCUCUUGUGGUAUCAAUCUGUGCAGAAAUACCUCUGGGUUUUUUGCACUGAAAAAAUGGACACCGUGUGUGUAAACAGACAGGACAUGUUUUCAAACCCAUGCAUUUCUGGACAGAAUAAUUCCCCCUAUGACUUUGCAAAAUGCAAAUACCACUGUAGGCCUGUGCAGAAAUGUUUGGUUUUAAUCUUGCCCUGAAGAGAAUAUUAUGGAAAUUAUUUAUUGCGGCAUGCGGGAAUUAGGAAUGGCAAGAGUUUCAUCACUGGCACUAUUACGUUUCCUUUAAAAUGUGGUUAGCCAGCCCAGCUGCAUCUGAAAGCUCUCUGAUACAUUCCGAUUAAAGAAUCCCUGGAUAACCUCCCCAGAAGUCCUACUUAAAGAAUGUUUCUUUGCCAUCAUUGAUCAAUUUGAACAAGUGCGUCAAUAGUUGGAGAAGGGAAAAUGAUUCAGAAGGAGAUGAACACUUUAGCUAAUGGUUUGUGUGCCCUACAAAAUUCAGAAACAACCCCCAAAAUGAAUGGGAAUGCAACUAAAGAAGAGGUCCCAAAUCUGGGGCAGGGGUUUAGGAUAAGGGUGGGUUUGGUGGAGAUGGUUUUCAGAAGGAUCGGUCUUCAGAAACGGCGGAAGAGAAGCAAGGUUAGGAUUCGGUGUACCAUUAAGACUUUGGACAUGAUCCACUCCACCUCCCAAUGAAAGGAAUAGAUGUGCUCCGAGGAAGUUCCCAUUCCUUUUCAUGGAGCUCACCCAAAAGGACUGGUUUUUAUGGAAACUAGCAAGGAAGGAAGGUGACCUAUGGCACUGUGGUUUUCACCACCGAUAUGUUUGGGCUUGUAGGCCAACUUGAAAUGGAGGAUGAACCCUUUGCUUAAGAGGCCACACCAGCCUUCCUGAGUUCCUAUCUCCCAAGUCCAUAGCUAACAGCGAUAGUUUGAGCAGCUAACUUUCAGAAAGUUUAGAAGGGAAUUCCCAUUUCUUCCAAUAAAAUGAAAAUAAAAUAGAAAUGUUUUCCUUUUUCCCCAUUCCUUGUUUGAAAUGGUCAAUAGACUACUUCAAUACAUGGACUGAUUCUUCCCCCUUUCUCCCCUUUUCUUUAGUUGCGUAUGGCUGUAUGACUUGUAUAUUUAUAUAUUCUGUAUUUAUGUUACCAAAAUGUAGUAUUUUGUAGCUGUUCUGGUUUGUUUAACUUGUAAAAAUAAUUAAUAAUAUUAUUAAUAAUAAUAAUAAUUCCUAAUAUGGUCUCCCAUUCCUAGGCGGUUCUGCCUUUCAAACCUAGCUCCUAAACCUUCGACUCUUCUACUUUCAAACUGUGUUGGCAACUUGCACCGAUCUCAAGGAUGUCGAUCGAAAACCCCUCCUUUUCUCCUCUAAUUUAAUGACUUGCCAUUUCUUAAAUUAUUUAUUAGUAUCGUCGUUGGGUUUUGUUCUUCGGUUGUCACACUUUCACAGCAUUGGGUUAUUUUAUUUUGGUUUUGCUAAAAUUAGUAUUUCUUUUUCCCUGCUGCUUUUAAUUAGCAGUUCAAACGAUGUGAUUCUCAGAUCUUGCGUGUUGUUGGUUUUUUUCCUAUGAAAGAAAAAGAGAGA